AUGAUCCACUACAAUCCGAACAAAUGGACCUCCAUGUUUGGGGUGCGCGGCAGCGUGCUUCCAGUGUCCUUGAGGAUAUCGCUCCCCUGGGCACUCAUCGCGCUGAUGAUAAAGUAUCUCGAAAUCUGGGGAGUCGUGGAUUUAAAAGUUCUCGACUUCCUCAACACAGGUGAGAUUUAUGGAGGCUUUACUUUUGUCUUGGGCUUCACCCUGGUCUUUCGGACAUCCCAGUCCUACACUCGCUACUGGGCUGCUGCGACAGCAGUUCAUGAGAUGGGUUCUGAGUGGUCCGACUCUUGCGCCAGCCUGUUGGCUUUCACCAGCUGUUCCAAGGCCAAGCCAGAGGAAAUUCAGCGCUACAUGCACCUGACGGUCAGAUUGUUUAGCAUUCUCCAUGCGAUGGCCAUGGAGGAGAUCGCAGAGCUCAAGCACGAGAAUUUUCGUGUGAUUGAUGCGUUGGGAUUGGACAAAGACUGUCUGGAAAGCAUCCAUGGCAACGACACGUCGGCCAACGCUAACCGAAUAGGCCAUGCCAUCAAGACGACUACGGUCCUCUGCUGGCUGAAGAAGCACAUUGUGGUGUCGCAGGCUACAGGCAUCAUAGCAGUGCCUCCGCCCAUUUUGACACGUGUCUUCCACGAGCUCAGCAUGGGCCUGGUCGAAUACCACAAAGCGCAGCAAGUGGUGAUAUGGCCAUUUCCAUUUCCUUACGCCCAGCUGAACACGUUCCUGAUCUGGAUCUACCUCCUUGUCUCUCCCCUAGUCAUCUGCACAUGGGACACGAGUCCGUGGAUCAUUGCCGGCUUCACUUUGCUGACUGCAUGCUCCAUGGUGGGCUUGGACUGUAUUGCAGCAGAAAUUGAAGCUCCUUUUGGCCCAGACCAGAACGACCUCCCGUGUUUUGAAAUGAUGGAUGACUACAACUUGCUGCUGCUGGCUGCCUGGCUGCAUUGUGCGCAAAGGCUGUGGAGGAUGUCCUGA